UAUCACAAUUCCUUUUUUCUCUAAACUCCUUCUAGCUUCUUCUUCUUCUUGCUCCUCCUAAAAGAGACCCAACACAUCAAAGAUGGUUUUGUGGGUGUUCGGUUAUGGAUCUUUAAUCUGGAACCCGGGUUUUGAUUUUGAUGAGAAGCACAUUGGCUAUAUCAAAGACUACAAACGCGUCUUUGAUCUCGGGUGCAUUGAUCAUAGAGGCACGCCUGAGCAUCCUGCAAGAACUUGCACGUUGGAGCAGUCCACUGGAGCUAUAUGCUGGGGUGCAGCUUAUUGUGUUCGUGGAGGACCCGAGAAGGAGAAGCUAGCGAUGGAGUACUUAGAAGGAAGAGAAAGUGAAUACGACUCAAAAACCCUUGUUGAGUUUUACACGGAAACUGACACUACCAAACCAAUCUUGACUGGAGUUAUAGUAUUCACGUCAACCCCAGACAAAGCGGCAAACAAAUACUACUUGGGCCCAGCUCCUUUGGAGGAGAUGGCGAUGCAAAUCGCCACAGCUUCUGGACCUUGUGGGAACAACCGUGAGUAUCUUUUCAAGCUGGAGAAAGCAAUGCACGACAUAGAGCAUGAGGAUGAGUUUGUGACUGAAUUGGCAAAUGAGGUUAGGAAACAUCUCGACGUAUCAGAGGAAGUUAAGGCAUUGUUGAAGCCUGUGGUAUCUCGUAUAUCCAUCAAACCUCAGUCUCAAGCUCAUGUUUCCACUCGCCAACGAGUCUUUGCAUCAUGAGAGACGAGCUAAGUCAUGGAGCCAACUAACACGUUGAUGAAGGAUUUUUUUACGGAUGUGACUCUUUUGGUUCCACUUUUAUUUGUUUUAUCACGCUUUUAACUUUCAAAAGUUUGAAUUCAGAAACCAGACCUUUAGAUUAUUUUUUUCCGUCAGUGAGCAUUUAUAACACCAUGACAUAUGAUAUUUAGUUGUUGAGAACAACUCUAAUCUUUAGCUCUGGCCGUCACAACGCCCAAUUUCA